AUGAAAUCCCAGGGGCCAAAUAAUCCAAGUCCUCUAUCAUCCUCCUUCUCGGAUUCGAAAGUCGUCGACCUCAAACUAAGGGAUCACCAAACUGUUUCAGCGGGAGUUCUCCAAAGCCUCAAGAAGGCUUGCCAGAAACUCGAGAAACGUAUGGUUGAAGAAGAAGAGGAUAGAAUGUGGAAGCUGAUGGAAGCAGGGAAACCAGUUUGCAGAGCAAAGCGGUGGAGAGGAAGCAGUCCUUCGGGCUGA